UCCCAGCGCUCGCAACAGAGCGAGCAGUGCCACACUUGUGCAAUCACCACCAACAACCAACAUCUCUGUGCUGAUCCAGAGAAAACACAACUUCACAGAAAUCAGUCAUUAAAAACAGUCGACAGUCGGCCUCGCGGAGAGACAUCAGCGCGGUGCUCACGCGCACUUGGAUACAAUUUCGAAGGGAUUGACGUCUCUUUUUGUGGCUUUCUAGGUAGAGUUCUGAAGUCCGGAGACUGGUCGCAACGGAUCACCUGUGCGCGUGUAUUAAUGACAAACUGAGCAACUGCUAUGACAGGUAAAUUAGCGGACAAGAUCCCUAUUACCAUGAGCAGUUUAAUCAACGCCAUACCUGACAGUCUCUAUCCAGAAGAAGACAUUCCCACAUCUAUGAACAUUUUCACAAAUCCGGACUCUAUUUCGCACUACUCGCAGAUGAAUACAGAUAACAUCAUGGACUUGGGGAUGGGUGGCGAGAAGGGAAGUGGAGAGAUUCAGUAUGGGACCAGCGGUUUCCAGUCCGGUCGAAGUGGACAGACCGUCACCUACUUGGGCAAGUUCGCUUUUGACACCCCUCCAUCGGGCAGCAUCGGAGGCUCGGGUUGGUGUCCCGAUAACAAUAUCAUCAGUUUGGUUAGUGCCGGAAUCCUGGGCGUGUCACCGUCACCCGGCAACAUCAACAACCAGACGUCUUCGUCGGGCGGCAGCAUGGGCGGUCAGUCGUCAGACAUGGAGCAGGUGUACGCACCACCUCUUCCAGCAUACUCGACCUGUGGCGAGAUAUAUCCGGAGCAAGUGACGUUCCACCACAGCCCGGCCACCUCCUCGUCUUUGCCCUAUCCGAGCUCCGACUACCACACCACCUCUAAACAGGGAAUGGACAGCAGUCUCUUUUCCAUGAUCCCAGACUACAACCUCUUCCAUCACCAGGGAGACGUAGGGAUGAUGGAGCAUAAACCUUUCCAAACCAUGGACCCUAUUAGGGUGAACCCCCCUCCUAUUACUCCCCUAGAGACAAUUCGGGCAUUUAAGGAUAAGCAGCAAAUCCAUCCUGGGUUUCUUGGCGGUCAACAGCACGUUUCCCAACACCAUCAACCUUCUCAGACGCUCACCCUCAAACCCAUUCGCCCACGAAAGUACCCCAACCGGCCGAGCAAAACUCCCGUCCACGAACGGCCCCACGCCUGUCCGGCGGAGAACUGCGACCGGCGGUUCUCGCGAUCGGACGAGUUGACGCGCCACCUGCGUAUCCACACGGGUCACAAACCCUUCCAGUGUCGCAUCUGCAUGCGCUCCUUCAGUCGCAGCGACCACCUAACCACGCACAUCCGUACGCACACCGGCGAGAAGCCUUUCUCUUGCGAGUUUUGCGGACGCAAGUUCGCUCGCAGCGACGAGCGAAAAAGGCACGCCAAGGUGCACCUGAAACAGAAAGACAAGAAACCCACAGACAAGGGUAGUAGCGCUGGGCCAGGGAGCCACGCUUCUCCUCCCAGCUCCUGUGGGAGCGCGGGACCCAGCAGCGCAAAUAUUAUGACUGUUACCACUUGUGCAUGAGAUGGACUUGCUAGGACUUCGAGGAGAAAACCUGAAGGUUUCUCUUCUCCAUUUAUACACACUUGACUCUUUUCGUCUAUCCCUCUCAUUUUCUCCUGGUUAUAGUAGCCGCUGUGGACUAGUGUCGCAUGGAUGAAACGCAGGCGGUCAAAGAUAACAGUUCAAGCAGUCAGGUCAAUCCUCGAAAAAGGCACUUAUAUACAGAUGCAGUACAAUCUCAGUACAAAGCUUUAGCAUUUUAUUUUUGUUUCAUUUGAAUUCAAGGAGAGAUCUGAUACUGUUUCUGUUCUUCCCAAGUGUAUUUCGGUUUAUCAUUGUGCACUUUCAUUUGCUUACUUCGUUUUUUUUUAUUAUUGUUAAUUAUUUAACGCUUCAUGUUGUUGUUUUUCAACAGAAUGUGCCAAAUGUAUUUAAAUACAACAUUUGCAUUUAAUUUUUUUGUAUUGCCCUUAUUGGGAAUAUGAUAAUGACAUUCAUUUUGGGAUCCUUUAGGCCUUCAAGCCUAAAGGCUUAAGGAGACUGAACUUUGCGUGACUGGUAAAAGUCUGUUGCAUCAUUAAGUUGCAUUAUCUUAAUAUUUCCAAAAUCCCUUCUGUACAAUUAAGGGAUAUGGAUGCAUUUAUAAUUGGCAACAGACUGGCAGUGCAAUAAACGAUAAAUAAGAAAAGCAACGAUAAGAAAACAGAGUCUGGCUCACUUUGAGAAGUUUAAUUUGUAGAAAUGAAAUGAAGACACAGCUGUGGCCUUUACCUGUUUUGCUUAAUUUGGUGUGCAUUUGGGCCAAACUUGCCGUUCUGUCACGUGCUUUAUUUUUGGUUAAAGCAGAUGCGAUGAUCUGAUCUGAGCCUAUGUGUUUUUUAUCGCCUGUAUGCCUGCAUGCAUCUAGUAUCGUGUCUAUGCUAGUACAAAAAAAAAAAGAUUGCAUCAGUCAUUGUCGAAGACCUAGAGCAAUAUGCACAGAUUGUCAAAGAGUUAUUUUCAUGUGAAAAUCAUUCUGGUAUGGUUUUUGUUGUCAUUAUUAUCAUCAAUGUUUUACUGGACAUUUACUUAAAAUGCUUUAAUCAUCCAAUAUUUUUCAUUGGGAACCCUUUUUUAUGCACAUUACAUAUUCAGCACACAUUUAAACACACACAGUUUUCAAAAUGAAAUCAGCCAAAAUUAUGGUAAUGCCUGUCUGCGAGCAUAACCACUGGGCGAGAUUGAUCUUACGAGUCAAUGUUUUGCAUUUUCAGCAGCUGGGGCCUGCCUGCUAUAUGCAUGCCAUUCAAGACGUUUUUUGGAUGGGAACAGUUUUGACAUUUACUGCUCUCAUGGGCAGCACUGUAAUGUGGUAUCUCCACGGUUACUCAUAUUCGGACCAUGCCUUGAAAUUUUGAAUAUUAAUAAUGGACGAGAGAGGGUUUUGUACAGUUAAUUACACAAACAUAUUACUACAUGUUUUCUACUUGGAAUGUACAAAGCAUUGUCCUUCAGUAUUACAACGUGCGUGUCUGUGCACGUGUGCGGACCCAUAAGCAAACACCCGCAUACUCCCAAUUUACAUUGACUGAAUGUUGAUACAAAGGGUGUGUUUACAUUUUAAUUUUUUUGUUUUUCAGUCUUUCUGUUUUUGAGAUUGUGUAGAUAGUGCAGAAUGUUUUAUAAAGUGUGUGUGUGUGUGUGUGUGUGUGUGUGUGUGUGUGUGUGUGUGUGUGUGUAUGUGUGUGUGUGCAGGAGAAGUCGAACAUUGACAGUUUCAAAUGUGAUGCAGUCUCCAUCGUUUUUACAGAGUCUCAGAUAUUAAUUGUAGUUAAUCCAACAUUGCAAAUGAUGACUUGCGGACACGCUGAAUGAUGUGUUUAAUAAAAGAAUAAACAGUAAGAUUAUUUGAAAAAAAAAUCCUAAAUUCUGUCUCAUUACCUUAUAACCAAGCUAUGCAUACAAAGCAAUUUUUUUCUUUUUAAAUAUCACAGCACUAUUAUUCUAUUUACUACAAUUGUAUUUAACAAAGUAAGAUGGUAGUCAUUUAAUUAUAAAAUGUAUUAAGAAACAAACUACCAAAACUACUAUUAAGCUCCUGCAAAUGUUUUAAAUUAGGGAUGCACUGCUACAUUUUUUUUGUGCUAAUAUUGUGCCGAUAUUAUACUGUAAAAAUGAUGUCAUAUAAACAUAUUUUUUACGUUACUUUAACUUAAAAAAUUAAUUUAUCUAAAAAAAUAAGUUGAAUUAGGUUGAAUUGACUUGCAUUAUUAAGUUGUUUAAACUUCAGUGUGGUUUUGCAUUUUACUCCUCAUUUUACAUUAUUAUGUUGUGAAAUCCCAGCUUCGCCAAAUUCAAAAUAAUCACACAGCAUGAGUUUUGACGCAUUUUUGCCCCUUUUGAUUGACAGGAUAUAAUUUGCCCUGAUCAUCGGCUGUUUUUAAACAUCUGAUAUUGGGGAAAAUUGUUUUUAUGUGCCCAUACCGAUUAUUGGCCGGUAUAUAAGUGCAUCUCAAUUUUAAAUUAGAAAGGCACAAAGUAAAUUCUCUAUUUACUUCUGAAUGGUUUUAACCAUAUUGUGCGUAAGGCCAAAACAUAAGCUCUGAACACUUGGCUUAAAAUUACAGAAAAAUGAAAUCUUUCAUAUCAUACUCUCGGUAAACUCUUGCCAUCUUGAGCAAAUCACUUCUGCAACAUUUCUCCUGGCAAACUUCCAAUUGUUUUUCCUUCUGGUGAAGGCAUUUGUUAGCUUUUCUAAAAAUGAUUACAGUUAUGCAUAAAUAGCUGACAGCAGAGUGGUAUUUAUGAUACAUGUUUCAAGUAGAAAUAAUUGGACCGUUAAAAAAAAAAAAUAGCAAAAUGCUUUAGUCCUUUAAUAAAAUGAUGCAGGUCCAUAUAGGCAAUAUACUGUAUGCUCAUUUAUUUAUGUUUUAUAUAUAAUUCAAUAUGUUGUUAUAUAUAUGUUCAACACAUGUUCAUCAGCUGAGUUAACAGUAUAAACUAAAUAUUUAUCUGGGUUGAGAAACCAAAAUAACAAAUCUAAUAUUGAUCUACAGUAUAAACUGAUCUGCAUACAGUUGCCGAUAGCAAAACAGGGAUUUUGAAUGUAUGCAUUACAUUAUUGUCCUGAAUUAUGCAUCGAUAUGGCCCUUAAUGUCAGCACUGUGUACACAUGUAAGUUUGUAACCUCUCUUACGGCAUUUAAUGGCAUGCAAGUGUAAGCGGUACAUAAAAGACCGAUUCAAGUAAUAUGGAGUUCUCCGUUUUUUUUUUUUCUUUAUUAGAGAGAUAUCUCCACUUCUAAUGCACAUAUGGUUUAAGAGGUAUUGUCUUUAAAAUAGGCAUAUACACGAAAACAGCUUCUGGCUUAAUUUCUUUCUUUCUGUGCCAAGAUACAUCGGCACGCAGCGCCAAACUGCAACAGUAAAAAUAGCAAAGGCAGUUCUCACAGAUCAAAUAUGAUACUCUGUGGAAUUGUGUAUAUAUAUAUGUGUGUGUGUGUGUGUGCGUGUUUUUCAUGCCCUGAUGUAUAGAAUAGAGAGGUUUUGAAGAAAAUUGUGUAUUUCAAUUAAAUGAUAAGCUAAGACCAGUGAAAACGCCAUAUGCAUUUUAACUCGGGUUGAGAGCAAAUGAACGUCUUCCUCAUGUAAAAAAUAAUGUAGAAUGAAGUUAUAACAACUUGAUUUUGCUUGUCAGUUCAACGCAAGUGAAUUAUUUUAAGUUUUAACCUGUGAUAAGUUGACAUAACAUAUAAAACAAGUUUAAAUUGUUUAACUUAAUUUUUUUAAGUUAAAGUAACAUAAAAAUGAUGUUGAUUUGACAAAAAAGCUGCAUUUCCUACAGUACACAUCAAUUUCUGUUAAGGUACAAGCAAUCGUGAACUCCAGAAAACUUGUGUGUAUUUUGCAUGUGUGUGUGUGUGUGUGUGUGUGUGUGUGUGUGUGUGUGUGUGUGCGUUCCUUUGUGUUGGUUCGAGCAUGCUUGCAUGCACCUGUAUAUCUGUGCUGAGUGCUUCCAUGUUUAGAUUUUUACUUUCUCUGUGGAAACGUCUGGGUCCAUUUCACAAGAAUUGCCAAAAAAUGAACUGUCUUGUGUAGAUACAAUAUCAAAGAGUUGACUGUGUGACUGAGUGCAAUAAACUACAGUAUCAGUAAAUAUACAACUUGUACUUCUUUAACAUGAUUUUCAGAUUUUGGGAAAAUAGACAUCAUGUCUCACAACUCCCCCGACAUCAUAGUUUCAGCAUAACUGUUUUCUGUGUGGCUUUGGUUCAGAGCCAGGGCGAACAGCCUUGUUUGCACCAAACUGGGGUGCAAGCUCGGCUGCCCUGGAACAAUAUGCCCACCGCAGAAAUGUAAAUGUGACCCUAGUCAGCUCUGAAGCAGCAGGCCCUGUUUCACAACACUGAUUCACUGUUUACCUGAUUCGUUUGCUCUCUGCAAGUCCGUCAUUAUGGAUGAUUCAGCAGCGGCCAAUCAUAACUGUCCACUGUGACUCCCAACUAAAAACACAGAAAUGAAAGAAGGACAUUAUUAUUGAUGCCCAUUUAUACUGAGCUGGUCAGUCAUGUAUAUGUUUUUUAUAAUGUGCAAAUAAAUAAUUUGUUGUGUGGUCAUCUUGGGACAAUAUUUUGGUAUUCUUUUUCCUACAGGACUGUAUUGCAUGUCUUGCAUGUAUCAAAUGAAGGCACUUUUAUGAGUAUG